CUGAAAAGUCUGAAAUAUCACCCAAACCCAAUCGCCUCACUCUGUCGAAGUCGAACACCAUCGCCAUGGCCGCUACCUUGCUCGCGGCGCUCCUCGUGGCCGCGCUGCUCGCCUCGCCGGCAUCGGCCGACGGCGGCGGCGGCGGCGGCGGCACCAUCGUCUUCACCACCCUCGGCCGCAGCCGCUACCAAUUCGACAUCUUCACCCUCCCCCUCGCGCCGUCCCCGAACGUCCCCGACGAGCUCCGCCUCACCGACGGCGUCUCCGUCAACUACAACGGCAACUUCGCCCCCGGCUCCGACUCCAUCCUCUUCGUCUCCGAGCGCAACGGCUCCCUCAACCUCUACCUCUCCCCCGCUCCCUCCUCCGCCGCCGCGUCCUCCCGCCGCGAGGCGCUUGAGGAGGCGGCGGCGGCGGCGACUCUCUCGCCGCUCCUCCCGUGGGAGCCCAUCGCCCUCAAGGACCGGCCGUCGCUCACCCCCGACGGCUCCCACCUCGUCUACGUCUCCACCGCCGUCCCCGCCGCGGAGCCGCGCAGCAGCUGGGCGGCCGUGUACUCCACCGAGCUAUCCACCGGCCGCACGCUCCGCCUGACACCGCUUGGCGUCGCUGACUUCAGCCCCGCCGUGUCGCCCUCCGGCGAGUGGACCGCCGUCGCGUCGCCUGGGCCCGCCGGCUGGAGCGGCGAGGUCGAGGACCUGCGCACAGACAUCUACGUCUUCCGGACGGCCGACGGGUCACGGAGAUCGCUGGCCAUCCACGACGGCGGCUGGCCGACGUGGGCCGACGAGACCACCGUCUUCUUCCACCGCCGGGACAGCGACGGUUGGUACGGCGUCUACCGCGCCAAGAUUUCAGUCACGGGCGGCGGAGUUGAAGCGGCGUCCGUCGAGCGAAUCACUCCGCCGGGGUUCCACGCCUUCACGCCGGCCGCGUCGCCCGGCGCGCCGGGGCUCGUGGCGGUGGCGACCAGGCGGCCGGGCUCGGACUACCGCCACAUCGAGGUGAUCGACGUGAGCGGCGGCGACGGCAAGAACGCCUACUUGGAGGUGACCAGGCCCGUGGCCCCGCGCGUGCACCACUUCAACCCAUUCAUCUCGCCGGACGGCGCGCGCGUCGGGUACCACCGGUGCCGGGGGAGCAGGAACGGCGGCGACUCGCCGCUGCUGCUGGAGAACAUCAAGGCCCCAGGGCCGGACACGUUCUCGCUGUUCAGGAUCGACGGCUCGUUCCCCUCCUUCUCGCACGACGGCAAGAAGAUCGCGUUCGUCGGGCUGCCGGGGAUGUACGUGGUGAACUCCGACGGCUCCGGCGGACGCCGGCAGAUCUUCUCCGGCAACGCCUUCCCGACGUCGUGGGACUGGAAGAGGAAAGGCGUGAUAUACACCAGCAUCGGGCCGGAUUUCGCGAGCGAGAGCACGGAGGUGGACGUGGUGGCGAUCUCCCUCGGCGACGACGACGGCGGCAUCGCGAUGAAGAAGCUCACCGUGGGAGGCGAGAACAACGCGUUCCCGUCGCCGUCGCCGGACGGCAAGUGGGUGGUGUUCCGGUCGGGGAGGUCAGGGCACAAGAACCUGUACGUCAUGGACGCCGAGCACGGCGAGGCCGGGGGCGUCCGGCGGCUGACGGAGGGGCCAUGGUCGGACACCAUGUGCAACUGGUCCCCCGACGGCGAGUGGAUCGCCUUCGCCUCCGACCGCCACGACCCGGGGAGCGGCAGCUUCGCCAUCUACAUGGUGCACCCCGACGGCACCGGGCUGCGGCGGGUGGUGCACAGCGGCGGCGGCGGCCGGACGAACCACCCCUGGUUCAGCCCGGACUCCAAGAGCAUCGUCUUCACCUCCGACUACGCCGCCGUGUCCGCGGAGCCAGUCUCCAACCCUCACCACUACCAGCCCUACGGCGAGAUCUACACCGUCAGCAUCGACGGUUCCAACAUCCGGCGGCUCACGCACAACUCCUUCGAGGACGGCACGCCGGCGUGGACGCCAUACUUCCUGGAGCCCCAAGACGUGGGCGAGACGCUGCAAGCCUCAGGCAGGUGCGCCUUCGAGGAUUGCCACUGGCUCAGCAUCGAGGAUGCCCAACAAUCUGAAGAGCUCUUCUAUGGCAAGAGCUGCUAAGUGAAGCGAUGUCACUGACUGAUCAUGCUGAAAUGCUGAAGCCAAUAUAGCGAUGGAGAUUGGAGUGCAUGAAAUCCAUGUAUAUAUAUGAUAUACUAUGAAUCUACUGUAUCAAACUGCAAGGCUGCAAGCACCGAGGAAUAAGACCAUGUACAGAAAUGCCAUCUUCAAGGCAAACGAUAUCCGAAUUGCUAUGGAGUAUCUUCUAGGUU